CUCUCUACAACCUUUUCAGCAAUUUUUUUCCUAUAAAUUAUAACACAAUAACGACAAACGUAGAAGGCUGGUAACUAUACAGAGCAGCAAUAAUUGCAAUGUCUCAAUAACUGCGGCUAAUGAUAUCGGCUCUAAAUCACGAGACGUGGUGCAGUUAACAUAUUAUCUAAGAAUAAGCGAUUUAAUUUGCAACAUAAAGGUUUGAAAUUCACUAAAAAUAUUUUUUAGUAAGGGCAAAUCAGCAUUCGAAUAAUGAUAAAUUUUAAUUAAUAAAUUGAAAAUAUCUCGUAAAAGAAACGACAAAAUAGUACUGAUUCCCCGCCCUGUCUCUUUUGCGCCUAUACACUGAUGAUAGUGACACGGAUAUAGUGCAGUAGCACUACGGAUACUACAUGCGCUUUCUUAUUUGGCAUCUCACUACAAGUUACAUGCAUGCAUACUCUUCUAAAUUAGUCAUAUCAUCUCUCUCUAUAUAUAUAUAUAUAAAUAUAUACAAGCACACACAUCCAGCUCGUUAACUUCUACAACAUACCUUCUAGCUGGCCCUUCCCCUCUAGCUGGAGCUGCUUUAUAAAAGAAGUGCAUGCAUAGAGGAUUCAUCAAUGGGAGCUAACCCACCAUGUGCAUCGUGCAAGCUGCUGAGGAGGAGGUGCGGUAAGGACUGCAUAUUCGCGCCCUACUUCCCUUCGGACGACCCCCACAAGUUUGCUCUCGUCCACAAGGUCUUUGGCGCUAGCAAUGUCAGCAAAAUGCUGCUGGAACUCCCAGUUCACCAGAGAGCGGAUGCAGUGAGCAGUCUCGUAUUUGAGGCAGGAGCGAGAGUCAGAGAUCCAGUUUACGGGUGUGUUGGCGCGAUCUCCCACCUGCAGAAUCAAGUGUCUCAGCUAAAGAUGCAGCUCGCGGUAGCUCAAGCCGAGAUAUUGUGCAUCCGAAUGCAGCAAGAGGAAGCCUUGGCAUCAUUAUUGCCGCGUACUAUCACGGAUCAACCUUCGCAGCAUCAGAAGUCAUUUACUCUCCACAGCAGCAACGGUGUCAAUGUCCUCCCUCAGUUCAUCAAUGGCGACUUUGGAUCCGAUAAUAUUUCUAGCAAUAACUUCGGCAUGGUUAUUCAGGAUUACUGUCUCGAGGCCCAAAGGGCAAUGUUGGAUCGACAGUAAUCAGAUCAGAGAUGAAACCUAAAAUAUAAGUUUUUGCUAAUUAAUUAACAUUGUUCCCUCUCCUGUGAGGUAUUUGCUUUUGUUCUUUUGUUGGAAGACAACGUAAAAGCAAUAGUACUUUAUAUAGUCUCUUGACAAAGUCGCAAAGGUUAUUGAGAAUUCAAUAUUGUCCGAACCAAAAUAAAAUCGACAAAAGAUAGCGAUGCGAAAUUGUAAAGCCGAAA